ACUUCUGUUGGCCUCACUGGGAGGUACAGUUCAUCUUCUCCUGCAUGUCCUGGAGGAGGGCGUAUCACAAGUCAUGAACGGUGCCCGGGAAUUGGGAAAGUUUUGCAUUCUAUGAGAAGAGAUUGAAUAUUUUGUAAAAGAAACAGAGUAUAUCCCCACACUUUGUGAAGCUCGGAUUAUACUUUGCUCAUGGAACUGACGCGCAAUGGAAAAAAAUUGGUAGUAUUUUUGAAAUUUGAUUAUAGCUAUAGGCCUACAACUAAUGGGCUGAGAACAGCCUCUUAAAGGCCACUGCUAACCCAUCUUGACCACGGAUAUUUUGACCAUUGACACCUCUGUCCAGAAGAUUUCAGAGAGUUAGGAGGCCCAUCAAAAGGACCUCGGUGCAUUCGCAUUGAGUCGAGGAUUCAAUACUCAUUGCAGCCUCACUGUUGUUUGGCUCAUUUCGACCAUCAUGUGGCCGUCAUUCGUAUCAGCGCUCCUCCUGGUUUUAGGAGUAACCCAUCCCGCCAGGGGAGACGCGAAUGUUCCGAAUUUCGACUGCAAUUUCGAUACCAAUAAAUGUGGAUGGCAAUUUGAUUUAUCGAAUCGAUUGACAUGGGCCAAGAACUCUGGUCCGACCACAACACCUAGGACAGGACCAUCCGGAGACCAUACAACAGGCUCAGGAUUUUACAUGUACAUCGAAACUGCCAGUGCAAGCACGGGGGACAAGGCGACCCUCAUCUCACCUACCAUCCCCGCCCUGGGUGUUGGGAGUGCCUGUGUCACUUUCUGGUAUCAUAUGCUCGGGAGCUCCAUGGGGAAGCUCACCGUGUAUAACCCGCCGAACAUUGAGAAGUGGAAAAAAUUGGGUAACCAAGGAAAUCAGUGGAUUCAGGCAAGGGUCUCACUCCAGUCGACAAGCUCAUCGCAGAUGUACAUCACAGGUGAGAUCGGGGGACCACACUACUCUGAUAUGGCAAUAGAUGAUAUAUCAAUUCAAACUGGAAAUACUUGUCCUGACACGUCACCCGAUGUCCAUGAUUGUGAUUUUGAUAAGGAUUUCUGUGCUUGGACUCCUGAUAUGAAGAGUACAUAUCAGUGGAUCAGAGCGGCGGGUCCUACAGACACCAGAGCGACUGGUCCAGUGAAUGACCACACCAAGGGUGAUGAAACAGGUUACUAUAUCUAUGUUGAAUCUACCGGUCCAAAGAAUGGCGAUUCAGCCCUACUAGUCUCAAGCCUCGUCACUAACAGUGAAAAUGGAUACUGUAUGAAUAUAUGGUACCAUAUGUUUGGCGCCACCCUGGGGAGUCUCAACAUUUAUCGGAAACUUGAAGGGGGUAAUGAUCCUCGGUCACUGAUCUGGAGAGAAACCCAGCCGCGAGGUCCGCAGUGGAACCAAGCCCAGCUCCACUUCAUGGGGUCUGAUCCAUACCGUCUUAUGAUAGAAGGAACAGUGGUAACUAAUACGUAUGACAGUCAUGGGGACAUUGCGGUUGACGAUAUUCAGUUUCACGACGGAAAGUGCCCAACACCUCGUCGUUGUGAUUUUGAGAAUGGGGACUGCAACUACACCCCUGGCUCUGGAAGUGAUUUCACUUGGAACGUCAUCCAGCCAAGCUCAGCCGUUAUAACACCCUCUAUCGAUGUUACCUACCGGACAAAUCAAGGUACGGUUUAUAUUGUCAGUGUCUUAAAGGUCAAGUCCACCCCAGGAAAUGUUGAUUUGAGUCAAUAGAGAAAAAUCAAACUAGCAUAACGCUGAAAAUUUCAUCAAAAUCAGAUGUAAAAUAAGAAAGUUAUGACCUUUUAAACUUUUGAUUAUUUUUCACAAAGCAGUGAUAUGCACAGCUCAGUGACAUGCAAAUGAGACAGUCGAUGUCCCUCACUCACUUUUUCUUUUGUUUUUUUAUUGUUUGAAUUAUACAAUAAUUCUUUACAAAAUACAAAAGAUUUAAGAAAUGGUGAGUGGAUGACGUCAUCAUUUUCAUUUGUAUACCGACCAGGAUGUGCUUAUAAUUGUUUUGUGAAAUUAAGUGAAAAUUUAAAAUGUCAUAACUUUCUUAUUUUACAUCUGAUUUUGCUGAAAUUUUCAGUGUUAUGCUUGUUUGAUUUUUCUCUUUUCAUUCAAAUCAAAUUUCUUUUGAGGUGGACUUGUUUUUUAAUCUCUUGAAAAGACAUUUAUCUGCUAACAGACUUCUUAGGCCAAAGGCCUGUGACACAAAGCUUAGAAAUCAUCGAAAAGAACGUCUUUUAUUGAUUGAAAUUUACACUUAAUAUAUUUUUCUAAACUUUAUCAAUGAUUGUUAAUUACACUGCACUUCAUGUAACAGGCUAAAUACAAGCCCCAGAGAUUAAAACUUCGAUGAUUUGGAUCUACUGAAAUAUGGAAAACAUCAUUGGAUGUAAAUAAUGACCAGUAUAUUCCGAUAAGGAUAUAUAAAUAGUGUUAGCACUAAAGCAUAUCUUCAAGUCAUAAUUAACCCUUUGUGACACGUCACCCCUAACUUUUUCUAAAUUUUCCCCGCCUCCAUUUUGUUUGCUUUCUCUGACUUUCAUUGACAUAUGCAUCAUUGAAGGCUAUAUGGCAACCAUGAAGGGGAGGUACAAAUAGAUCAGAUUUGCAUUUAAUGGGUUACAUUCUCAACAUUACGAAAAUACCCCAUUUGAGGCUUUACCGCAGUUCGGAUCGCAAACUGCGGUUUUAGACCCCAUUUUUCAUUUGAAACUCUCAUUUUUCAUUUGAACAUUUCCAAGCCCCGAUAAACCCAUCUUGGCCAGGUAAUCCCCAUUGUCUCAAUUUCACCUCCACAGGCCAGUAAAGCCAAGGACGAAAUGAUAAACAACAGCUGUGCUAUUACGUAAGACUUCUCUGCCUGUAGAAGGACCUUCGGAAUGAAAUUAUUGUAUUCGAUAUUUAAUCACGUUUCCAAAGGCAUAUUGUAUUCAGACAUCCAAUAUUAGUCAUUUUCAAUUUCGAACAAAAAAAAUCGACCUCGAAAUAAGGAAAAUAAGCGAAUAAAAAUUACGGUAUGCUUUGCAUGCAGGACCGCCCUCAGCGCUGCGAUGCAUCCCAUAGUUUCUGUCCGUCCAGCAAGAAAAUAUGGGAUGCAUGCCGUUCACUCGCGCAUUGAUAGGCCUACAGUCCUAACGUUAAAAAAACAAAACAGCCAGACAGAAAGAAAGAAGGAAAGAAGG